AUGUCAUCUCAGUACAUGUUUUAUUGUACGUCUGUUGUUGUUAUGAGGAUUAUUGUAAAUAUUAUCAUUGUUAUUAUUAUGGGUGACUCCAAACGACGCGAUGACGUCACUGUCUCGUGCAUGGCUCGGGUGGGUGGUUGGAAAACAUGGCGUCAGAGGAGCGCGCAGCAGAGAGUGUGUGUGCUGCAGACUUGCGGGUGGUCCUGCUCGGCCGGACGGGUUGUGGUAAAAGCUCCACUGGGAACACUAUCCUGGGGGUCUCUGCGUUUCAGACAGAUGUCUCUCCACUAUCGGUCACUCAGCAGUGUGAGACCGCCUGUGCCACAGUGGAGGGACGGACAGUGCAGGUGAUCGACACCCCAGGCUUCUUCGACACCAGUCUGUCUGCGCAGGAGGUGUGUGUGGAGGUGGGCCGCUGUGUGAUUCUCUCCGCUCCCGGUCCUCACGCCUUCCUGUUGGUCCUGCAGCCAGGCAGGCUGACCUCAGAGCAGCGGGACGCUCUGGACUGGCUCAGCGCUGUGUUCGGCCCCCGGGCUCUAAAACACACACUCCUCAUCCUCACCUGGGCCGACCAGCUGGGAGGAAAACCUGCCGAGACCUUCCUGCGCGAGAGCGAGGAACUCUGGGAGUUUACCAUGAAGUGUGAGGGCGGCUUUCACGCACUGGACAACACCAAGAGCAGCCAGGAGCGCGAGCAGGUGGUGGAGCUGCUAAUGAAGAUAGAUGAGAUGGUGGAGAGAAAUGGAGGAAGCUUCUACACCUGCGAGAUGCUGCAGCAUGCAGAAAGAGCCAUCCACCUGGUGCAGCAGAGGAUUCUGGGAGAGAAGAGGGCGGAGCUGAAGGAGGGAGAGGAAGAGGGGCCUGAGGAUGAGCAGAAAAGGAAGAGAGAGGAGGAGGAGGCGAGGAAGAGGGCGGAGCGGGAGUUUUGGUGUGAGCUGGUGACGGCGAUGGGGAAGGGGGCGCUGGAGAGCUCGGGGGUGAUGGAGAAAGGGAAGGGGAAAGGAAAGAAAACGAAGGCGGUGCAGAGGGUGGCGGCUUUUGCUUCAACGCCGCUGUCAAUCACGUCUGCAGCUAAAGUGGUGGGCGGGGCUGUAAGGGAGGGAAGCAAAGUGCUGUACAAACACAGGAAAACACUGCUGCACUGAACAGACAGAGAGAGAGAGAGAGAGAUAAAGUUAAAGUUAAAAAGAUUUUUUUUAAGUGGUUCAAAGGACGUUUAUGUAGAUGUCUUUUUAACCACUUCAAAAAGACUGUUUUAUAAGUUCACAGUGCUGGGAAGAGGAUGGAAUUGUGUUUUACUGUUAUUUUGCACAAAGUUAUGCAGAACUCAACUUGCUUGCAUUACUGAAUUUGCCCACUGUGCGUCUCUCACUGUUGCUGAUUCUUAGAGAAAAUGAAUAACUGUGUCACAUUAAUUGCUUGCACAAAUACAUGGUUAGAUUUUACCCACAGGCUACAAUCCAGCAGCUCAUAUAGCUCUGACCACACCUGCUCACCAAAUUCCUAUUCCACCAAAUAAUAGACACAUAAUUCUUAUCUGGAUCAUUGAGAGAACUGCUACUGAACUAUACAGCAAGAUUAGACAGUGGCCCUGGAUCUGUAAUAUGUAUUCUAUAUUAAACAGAAACUCAUUCUAAACAAGUACAGACUGUGUGACCACAGCCUGGCUGUAGAGUGAUGCAGGCA